CAGUUGGUGGUCUUGUGGAUUACGUCUAUUCAUUUAAUGUUUGAAGAACAAGUCAUUCACCGGUGAAAUGCCCUUACAUUCGCGUUUGAGAAAUUAAAUACCUUUGUGGGUCAGUUAUUUUUAGCAUGCGAACGUUAGGUGGGCAUGAGACACAGUGACACACGUUGGCACUUGGUGGCGGUGCGUCCAUCCUGAUGGCUGUCCUACGAGUUGUGUCGAUGUUGGUCCUGUUGUGGUCACCGGUGUUGCAGAAAGUGGGAUGCCAGGCGCCGUGUACAUUAGAGGAUGUUGUCACUUUGUCCGACUUCAACUUGACGAGGUUCUUAGGCAAAUGGAAUGAGGUCCAGUGGAUUGCCCCUGCUUUUGAAGAUCAGGCCUCGAUGUGGACCGACUAUUACCACGAGUACAACUCUGACGACUACGGUCAAGUCACGGGCUACUACUCUGGCAAGAGCCCCAGUACAGGCCAGUGUUUCAUCAACGGUGUAAUGCUGCUACCGACAAAUAACCCUGGAAAACUAUUUCUCUAUCAGAUCGGUUCCAAAAGCAUGAUCGACUACUGGGUGCUGAACACGGACUACACGAGCUACGCCAUUGUGUACAGCUGUGUAGCCCGCACUAACAACACAUGCGACACGGCGAGGUCCUGGUUGUGGGGCAGAAUGACAUCACUUCCGGAGCAAGUGAAGGAGAAUGCAAAGACUGUUUUCCAAAAUCUGUGUAUGAAUCUUACCCUUCUCUACUCCACUACGUUUUCCACCAGCUGCGUCCCACAGAAUAAAGAUCCAUGUGCGUCGGGAAGCCCAGGAUUGGCACAAAAUGGAAGACAUACAUGGCCGACAUGGAUAAUAUUUUUUAAUCAUCUUGCUGUCUUUACUUGCCUUCAUCUGAACUGACAGCAUACGUUGAUUAUUCAUUUGCAUGUGUUAGAACACAUACUGACAGUUUCUCUCUCUCUCACACACACACACACACACACAUAAAUAAAGUUUAGUCUUAUACUCAGCUUUAAACAAGAAAGACGAAAAUGUCAAAAAACUCCUAAACAGCUAUCAAUACGAGUGUAGUACAACAUUAAAGUAUCUUAUACAAGACUAAUACAGACUUUGAGGUGCGCAAUUCAGACACAAGGUUCACGAAGUUUGAACAACCCACUGAUCCUCAAAAACCGAUGUCGGGUCAUUCUUUGAAACUGGUAAUGUCAGCAUUUGAUUUUAAACAAUACUCCACGUGCAUAUAAAUUCAGACCACUCUACAAGUCACUAUGGGUAUUUCCCUAACUGUGGCCAAUGGAACACCUGCUGUUUGUGAGCCUGUGUACCUGGAACAUAGAUAAGACACGUCCUUCUGAUGUUGUUUCAAGUUGCACCGACCAAGGUUAAAGGUUACAAGAAGUGCCGAUGACCGAACGAGCAAAGUUAUAGUGAACCUUAAGAAGCCAUGUUGAGGAAGUGUGUAAGGAAAACGAGCAUGGAAGACACAAAAAAAAAAAAAAUAAAUAAAAAAGAACUUUGA